UGGCUGCCCGGUACUCAAGCCGGAUCUUCGCCGUGGAGAAAGAGCUUUUGCUCAGCAAUUUGGAGAUGCGAAGCGUAAACAUCUCGGAUCAGAGCUGGAGCUUGCUGAAAGGAGGGAACGGAGACGGAGGCGAGCAGCGCCCAAUCCUUCAGUUGCCUGGUGCAGUUCCGCCUUUGCUGGAUGAUACCGGAGAUUGUACCUUGAUUCUCAUCUUCCCACGCGACCAGAGAGCAGGAGGUUGUGUCGACCACCAUCACACUGUGGAAGAUCCCUACGACCUUGCGUGCAAAGUCUUUCUCAGUGGCGACAAUCCUCACAGCGCCGACACGCUCAGAAAUUUCCAAUACAUCAAGGAAGGAGAAGAAUUGGACAUGGAGCUUUAUCAGGCUGACAUCAGGGCGCGCUUCCUGGAGAUUCUGGGUCAUUCAGGCAUCAUUGUCAAUCAAUUCCCAAGCCUGGACAAGGACGAAGACUUUGUGACCCUCAGCCUUCCGCUUGAGGGCCCGACCAUCCAGUUCAUGGCCCAAAGGCUGGGCUACAGCAUGCCACUGAGAAGAGAGGCCUAUGCUAAGGUGAAGCCCAAUGGUCCAUACCCAGGUCUUGAGCCCAUGAAGAACUUCGAUGGCCACGAGGUCUUGGCUUAUGACCGUUUCAGUAUCGAAGGCAAAGACCACUUUAGCAGCUUCCGCAAAGUCGAUGCCAUCAGACUAUUAGAAUUCUGGCUAGACCGGUGGGUCAGUCUGGAUGUCAUGCAAGAGCAGGGUGUGAUCUCAGGGUACUACCCUUGUCCUGAUCCUGAAGAACUUGAAGAUAUGCAUCACACAAUCCUUUCUUGCAGUGGUUUUCUUCCUGCUAAUCAGUUGAAGGGUAUCCUGUCCGUGCGUCGAUACUUUGGCGACCAGAUGGCAUUCUUUUCCCGCUUCAUGAUGCACCUGUGCAACGCACUGAUCUAUCUUGCUUUCAUUGGGGCCGGCUUCUGGAUUGCGAGGCGAACUGUGCUCGGUGACGAACAGGGAGAGAUUGGCAGAACAGCAGUGGCUGCAUUCGUAUCUGUAUGGGCAGCCAUCAUGCUGCAAGUCUUCAAGCGGCACACCUGUCGAGUCAGGCAGAUAUGGGGAGUCACAUCAGACGAAGAACCUAUAGUGCAACUGAAUCCCGAUUGGGACUAUGAGCUAAAGCGCAGCAAUUGUGGUUUCUUUGUGAACCUCGGUGCUUUGCUCUACAUUGUUGUGUAUGUGGCAGCCAUUUUCAGCGUUCUGGCAUGGCAGUUUCAAUUGGACGAAAAGUCCGUGCUCUACAGCUACUCUUCUUUGAUCCUGGUUGCUGUCAUCAAGGGCGGCAAUCUUGUGUGGUCCAAGUUGGCGCCUUGCCUCGUGUCGCUUGAGAACCUGAGAACAGAGAGAGCCUACUCGGAGAAGCUUUCAGCACUUCUGGCCGGAGUGAAGCUCUUUGUAGCGAACUGGCCAUUCUUCUCUCAUGCCUUUCUGACGAACUUCAUUGAAAAGAAAUGCGGCAACACAUUAGAAGAAGUUGCAGCAGAUGCCUGGGAGGGAUUUGAUGCUACGCAAGUGUCGUCAGAGUCCAUGAAGGUUCUGAAGAACCUGGCCUUUAGAAAGGACGAUAAAAUUUGCCUUCCUGGCUGCGUGCCAGACGACUGGCGGAAGAUGGACUCAUUUGCAGGUACUACAUGUGAUGACGACCUGAGGGCGAACCUCAUGACCUACUUCUUCAUUCUGAUAGCGGUGGAAUUGGCUUUUCUGCUGCUGCCCAUUGUCCUCUCUUAUGUGGAAAUCCUCAAGGAGUAUCGGAAGGUGCAAUCAGCAGAUGCCGAGGAAGGCUCUUCCACCUACACGUUUUUGCAGUGGGAAGCGAAGAAAUUUCCGUACAUUUUCGAUUCCUGGGGUGGUGACAAGAUAAAUGACUAUUUGGAAGUUGCAAUUUCGUAUUCGGUGAUAGUUUGUUGGGGCAGCAUUUCCCCUGUGGUUGCAGUCUUUGGAUGCAUCCAAUUCUUUGUUUCUUACCGCUUGCGAAUCUAUCGAAUGCUCUAUGUAACACGAAGACCUCAACCGAGGGUGGCAGCAGGGCUUGGCAUUUGGAGUUCUAUCUUUCAGACCAUUAACGUCAGCGCAGUUGCUAUGAAUGUCGGGCUCAUUUGUUUCUUCUACUACCCAGGAAACACCCUGCCCUUGUGGAAGCGUUUGGCCCUGUUCCUGAUUGCGGAACAUGUGGUUUUGAUGCUUCAGUCUACUGUGCAGUUCUUGAUCCCGGAGAGUGCACACGACGUGGAAGAGAUCAAGUUCUACAACGAGCACACGACCUCCCUCUUGCGAAACACCACCGGAAAGACCCACCGUGACUUCGUGCAACCCACCCCGUUCAGCCAUAUCAAUUUGGCAACGAAUCCGGAGAACCUUGUAACAGACGACGACGAUGACUCAGCUUAAUUGAAAUAUGAGCCCUGCGGACUUUCUCCUUUUCAGGUUGAUCUUGGGCAAAGACUUUUGAAAGUUUGCAGAGGUAGAAUCUGGCCGCAGAAUUGUACUAUACUAUACUUUUCAUGAAUUUCAUGCCGGAACGGCUUACAGGAAGCCAAGCUGGCGCAUUGAUUUCAGCACCUGGA